AUGGCUAUCGUCGAAACUCGCACGACCGAUUCAUCUGCAGCUAGAAGCAAAAACUCGUCCCGCAGCAGUGUCAUCUCUACGAGCAGUGCCUCGUCGCGCUCGUCGAGAGCAUCUCACCGAUCCCGUGCCGCCACACACGAUGGACAUGUGCCGACUCCUGUAGACGAUGGCUCGGCGCGAAAACCGGACGAUUCAACAUUAGCUGACGCUCCCGACGAGUCCGUAAGCGGCCAGCCCGUCAAUGCAGCCGCAAGCCAAUUGACCUCCCGUGCUGAAAUCGUGAAGAAACUGGCGUUAUAUCCAACGCCGCUAAACAACCCUCUUUGGGAUCCACCCAAGCUCAAUCCAGAAUCCAAGUCAUCUGUUACGGAACCGGUAAUUGCUCGUGAUUGCCGUAUUGCUGUUAAACAAUCCAAAAUUUCAGCUUGCUUGGCCGGCACCGCAAAAGCAAUUGAAAUGCUUAUGGGUCUCGAGGCAUCGCAAGCCAACAAUUCUCUCUUGGAAAUUUUGGGCGAUGUUGGCAGUCUAAUGGCAGAUCUACAACACGACGAGACGUGCAUACGGCGAAGCUUGAUCAUCGCAAACUCUAACGUCGCAGUUAGAAAACCGCUAGCUGAGACGGAAAUUAGUGCCUUCCUCUUUGGUGACAAGCUCGAUGAGACGUUCAAAAAACUCGAAGGGUCCGCCCCGUUAUCCGAAGAAGACGAAUCACGGGUCGUCGUCGGGCGGACCGCGCAGUUACCAUCGGAGCUCUCACGAGAGGAAGAGUUCGCCGCACCACUCGUCGCGGAGGGAGAACUUCAGGAAGGACAAAUAGUUCCAACGGAGCGCAGUUGGUCUGUGGAAGAUAAAUCCAACGUCUUGUUAUUGCUAUCUGAAAUUUUACAAAAAGGUGCUAUACGUCAAUGCAAUUUUACGGAAGGACAAUAUAUUUCUGACAUAUUUUUACGCAAAAAACCAGACGGGAAAUAUCGUCUUAUUUUGAAUUUAAAAAAUUUGAAUCAAUUUAUAUCGCCACCGCAUUUCAAAUUAGAAGAUAAUCGUUCUGUUAAAAAACUAAUAGAGAAAGAUUGUUAUAUGGCGACUAUUGAUUUGCAAGAUGGAUAUUAUCACAUUCCGAUACACAAAUCCUGUCGUAAAUAUUUACGUUUCUAUUUUAAUGGCCAACUUUAUGAAUUCACGUGUUUACCUUUCGGACUAAGUACAGCACCGUUUAUUUUCACGAAAAUUAUGAAACCUUUAGUAGCAUAUUUACGAAAAUUGGGAUUUCAAUCAGUUAUUUAUUUAGAUGAUAUUCUGAUUUUCGGCAAUUCUUUUGAAUCUUGUCAAGAAAAUAUUAAAGAAACAAUUUGCUUACUUAAAUUCCUGGGUUUUAUCAUCAAUAAUCGCAAAAGCAAUCUUAAACCUAGUCAAUGCUGUAAAUAUUUAGGUUUUAUAUAUAAUUCUUAUACUAUGACGAUUGAAUUACCCGAAGAGAAAGUUUCGUGCAUUCAAAAAAUCAUUAAAAAAUUGUACAAAAACAAGCUCAUUUCAAUCAGAAAUUUUGCUGAAACACUGGGUUACCUAGUUUCGUGCUGCCCGGCGGUAAAUUAUGGUAUGGUGCAUACAAAAGCCUGUGAAAGACAAAAGUACUUAUCACUUCUAUGGAAUAAUAAUGAUUAUGAUGCGAAAAUUAGAAUUUCAACUAAAAUUCUCGAUGAAUUAUCAUGGUGGACAUCUCAAUCAUUUACACCUUAUCAACCUAUAAGAAACAAUUCUUUUGAAGUUGAGAUUUUUAGUGAUGCGUCUUUGACAGGCUGGGGAGCUUUUAGCGGAGGUAAAAAAGUUUUUGGGCAUUGGAAAGAGAGUGAAAUGUGUGAAAACAUUAACUACUUGGAACUACUUGCGGCGUUCUUCGGACUCAAGUCAUUUGCAAAUAACUACCACCAUUGUCAAAUUCUUUUACACAUUGAUAACACUACGGCCAUCGCAUACAUUAAUAAAAUGGGUGGUGUUCAAUUCGAAAACCUUAAUGACAUAACGCGAUCAAUUUGGUCUUGGUGCGAAGACAGAAAAAUUUGGAUUUUCGCAACUUAUAUUCCUUCCAAAGAAAAUGUAGUAGCUGAUUUCGAAUCACGCAGAUUAGAGUCAGUUUCAGAAAUUCAAUUAUCGAGUCAAGCUUUUCAAUAUAUUAUUGAUAAGCUUGGUUUCCCCGAAAUUGAUUUAUUUGCUUCGCGAAGAAUUAGAUCAAUUUUGGAACAAAGUUACCCUGGUGGCCGGAAUCUUGUCCGGAAAGCGUACGAGUUGAGGGGAACUCCGAAAGCUGCCCUAGAAGUUACGAUCGCAUCUAUUUCCGAGUCUUCUUAUAAACAAUACGAAGGUUGUUUCAAACAAUGGUGGUCCUAUUGCGUUGAUAACAACGUUAAUCCAUUUGCAAUAUCCAUUUCUCAUACUUUGAUUUUCCUAACCAAAUUAUUUGAUCGCCAACUAGCCUCCACAACAAUUAAUUGUUAUAGAUCGGCUAUCUCGUUGUUGGUUGGUAAAGAAAUGGCUCAAGACGACCGAGUUAUGAGGUUUUUUCAAGGUUGUUACAACUUGAGACCGUCAAAACCCAAAUACGACAUCACAUGGGAUCCAAAAAUUGUUCUCGAUUAUCUCACCUCUUUACCAAACAACAACGAUUUGAAUGUACUCGAUCUCGGAAGAAAACUUAUUGCUUUGCUGGCAUUGAUUACCGGUCAUCGCAUGCAAACUUUUUCGUUGAUAGAAUUAGAAAAUAUCGAAGAGCUAGACGACAAAACCAUUCACAUUAAAAUACCAAAACGAAUAAAAACUUCGGGUCGUAACAGAAAUCAACCCUUGCUCAUAUUACCAUACUUUCCAAUCAAUGAAAAAAUUUGUGCUGCGUCUACUCUGAAAACGUAUAUUGAAAAAACAGAAAAACUGCGAAAUGGAAUAGAUUACCUUUUUAUCACUUCCAAAAAACCUUAUAAAGCAGCUGAAUCUUCAACUUUGAGUCAUUGGGUUAAGUACAUAUUAGAAAAAAGUGGUCUUGAUAUUUAUAUAUUUUCUGCACAUUCUACGCGUCACGCGUCUACUUCAACUGCAAAACGCAAAGGCGUCGGUAUAGAUAUUUUGCGCUCGACAGCAGGGUGGACAGAAACUUCUCAAACUUUCGCAAAAUUCUAUGACCGAGAAAUAAUUGUUAAUAAUAGAGACAGUUUUGCUAACGCGAUUCUUAAUUCUUGA